AUGGAGAAAGUCGAGAAAAAACUCACCAGAUUCCGCGCCACGCUCAAAAACAAACGGAAACUCUCGCUGCCUGUUUUUAUAAACCAGUUCCAGCAACAGUGGGCCGAACAACAGGCCGGACCAGCCAAUGACAGUGGCGGAGGGCUAGAAGUAGGCGUGGCCUCCUCUUCGGGAUCGUCCUUCGGGAGCCUGACAUCUAUCCCUCCGGUCCUGGAGAAGGAGAGUCGCCUGGUCAUGUCUCCGACGAAUCUCAACCUGGCAUUUCAACUCGACUUCGGCAAAGAGCGGCUGUCGAGCAGUGGCGGCGGCUCGCCCUACUCGACCCUAGGCCACACUAGCCUCGUCACCUCUGUGUCGUCACCAGGGGGUACCACUCAGCUUGUUGUGGCUGGCACGCCGUCAUACCCGACCGUGCGGCUCAACCUUCCAGUGUUGGGAGUGCCGCCAGUGUUGGGAGUGCCGCCAGUGUUGGGAGUGCCGCCAGUGUUGGGAGUGCCACCAGUGUUGGGAGUGCCGCCAGUGUUGGGAGUGCCGCCAGUGUUGGGAGUGCCGCCAGUGUUGGGAGUGCCACUAGUGUUGGGAGUGCCACUAGUGUUGGGAGUGCCGCCAGUGUUGGGAGUGCCGCCAGUGUUGGGAGUGCCGCCAGUGUUGGGAGUGCCGCCAGUGUUGGGAGUGCCACCAGUGUUGGGAGUGCCGCCAGUGUUGGGAGUGCCGCCAGUGUUGGGAGUGCCACUAGUGUUGGGAGUGCCACCAGUGUUGGGAGUGCCACCAGUGUUGGGAGUGCCGCCAGUGUUGGGAGUGCCGCCAGUGUUGGGAGUGCCGCCAGUGUUGGGAGUGCCACCAGUGUUGGGAGUGCCACCAGUGUUGGGAGUGCCACCAGUGUUGGGAGUGCCGCCAGUGUUGGGAGUGCCGCCAGUGUUGGGAGUGCCGCCAGUGUUGGGAGUGCCGCCAGUGUUGGGAGUGCCACCAGUGUUGGGAGUGCCACCAGUGUUGGGAGUGCCGCCAGUGUUGGGAGUGCCGCCAGUGUUGGGAGUGCCGCCAGUGUUGGGAGUGCCGCCAGUGUUGGGAGUGCCGCCAGUGUUGGGAGUGCCACCAGUGUUGGGAGUGCCGCCAGUGUUGGGAGUGCCGCCAGUGUUGGGAGUGCCGCCAGUGUUGGGAGUGCCACCAGUGUUGGGAGUGCCGCCAGUGUUGGGAGUGCCGCCAGUGUUGGGAGUGCCGCCAGUGUUGGGAGUGCCGCCAGUGUUGGGAGUGCCGCCAGUGUUGGGAGUGCCGCCAGUGUUGGGAGUGCCGCCAGUGUUGGCAGUGCCACCAGUGUUGGCAGUGCCGCCAGUGUUGGGAGUGCCGCCAGUGUUGGGAGUGCCGCCAGUGUUGGGAGUGCCACCAGUGUUGGGAGUGCUGCCACAUGGCGUGUACCACAGCCACAUGGCGUGUACCACGGCCACAUGGCGUGUACCACGGCCACAUGGCGUGUAUUACGGCCACAUGGCGUGUACCACGGCCACACGGCGUGUAUUACGGCCACAUGGCGUGUACCACGGCCACACGGAUUGUACCACAGCCACACGGAUUGUACCACAGCCACACGGAUUGUACCACAGCCACACGGAUUGUACCACAGCCACACGGCGUGUACCACAGCCACACGGCGUGUACCACAGCCACACGGCGUGUACCACAGCCACACGGCGUGUACCACAGCCACACGGCGUGUACCGCAGCCACACGGCGUGUACCACAGCCACACGGCGUGUACCACAGCCACACGGCGUGUACCACAGCCACACGGCGUGUACCACAGCCACACGGCGUGUACCACAGCCACACGGCGUGUACCACAGCCACAUCGUUAACAAACCGAGAGGAAAAAAUCGAUCACGGAAAAGCCAUGAAGGCUCCAUGUACGUGGUCACGGACACGCCAUGA